CGCUCUACCGGAUUUCAGCCGGUAGUUUAGUCGCUCUUUGCCGGUGACAGCCAUCCUUUUAAACCCUCAGGACCUCCUGGACUGUCCGCCUCGUCUUCACAUCUCUGCAUUAGUGACUGACACGGAGCGAUGGAGCGGAAUGUGACUGUUGUUUUGUGUUCUUAGUGGUCUCAAUGAGGUCUGAGCAACAGGCUGCAAACUCACUGAAGGCUCGUCUGCUCUGCAGGAACUGUUGCUGUGAUGUCCCUGCUGUGUGUCAGAGUGAAGAAAGCCAAACUACACGGGCCUCCAGACAAGUUCAACGCCUACGUAACUUUAAAGGUGCAAAAUGUGAAGAGUACCACCAUCACAGUCCGAGGGGACCAGCCGUGUUGGGAACAAGACUUCAUGUUUGAAAUCAAUCAUCUGGAGUCGGGUCUGGUGGUGGAGCUGUGGAACAAAGGUUUGAUCUGGGACACUAUGAUCGGCACAGCGUUGAUACCCCUUGACACCAUUCGACAGUCUGACGAGGAGGGACCAGGAAAGUGGACGUCUCUUGACUCUGAGGUGUUAAUGAUGGAGGACGAGAUCUGUGGUACCUCCAACCCAACUCCACACCAAGUGCUGCUGGACACUCGCUUCGAGCUGCCCUUUGACAUCCCAGAAGACGAGGCUCAGUACUGGACCAGUAAACUGGACCGGAUCAACACCAUGCGGAUACAUGACGAGUAUCCACUGCAGGAAGCGGUCCAGAGAGGACGAAUGGCAUCUUUGCCCUCUCAGUGCUGCAGUUGGAGUUAUUUUGGAUGGAACGAACAGCAGACUUUCGAUGACCACGACAGUGCAGUGGAUGACCGUGAUAGUGACUACCGCAGUGAAACUGGCAACAGACCUCCACGGUUCCACAACACCUCCCAGACCAAUUCAUCAGUGCACCAGUACCCUAUAGGACACAGGGUCCAACAUCAAACCCUGUCCAGGGAGGCUGACUCUAUACAAAACUAUGAGCUAGACUAUAGAGAAACGAGGGGGCCCAGGCGAUCAGAUAGUAAGGGCGGAGUAAGAAUAAUCCCUGUUGACUCAGGUAUGGGUGUGGAGGAUUGGGAGAAUAAAUAUAAAGUGCCUGACUCAGGUGUCUUGGAUGAUUACCUGGACGCUGAGCAGAAAAUGUGGGAGGACGAAGAUAAAAGCAUCAUCUACCGGAUCAGUGACAACCCGACUGAGUCCAAAGGUAGCCGGUUCUAUCAGACAGUAGAAUGUGAUGCAAUAUCCCCUGAGGAUACGGAGGAGGCGAGUGGCAGGCCACACAGACAGAGUCAUGGCUUUGGUAGCGGAGAAGUGCGGUUAGUUUAUAAGGAAGCCGGCAGCUUUGAGGAUGAAUCGUCCCCUCCUGAAAUUGAUAUAAUUCCCUCUGUCAAACAGCUACGCCAGCAGACAGACAGAGAAGGUUUACUUUACAAAACCAGACUGUGGGCCAAAACUGCCUUAGAGGACACACUUGAGAGCUAUGCAGCUUUUCGUGAGGAGGAGGCUGCUCGGGAAGAGGCUGCUCUGGAAGAGGCUGCAAGGACCAGGGGGAGGUGUGACUAUGGCUCAGUUGGUUCAGAUGAGUUGCAGUAUUCUUUUGGAUCUGAGGAGGAACUAGAUGACCUGACAUUCACUGAAGGGGAUGCUAGUUAUGAAUAUGAAACUUACUACUACCCUACCAAGUAUAUGUCACCUUUUGGAGGACAGUGCUAUUCAAGCAGAGGGAGAACAGAUCAUGGACAAGAUCCUAUGUUGUCUCCUGUAGAGGAGCCAAGUGAUGAAUAUGUAGAUGCAAUGGAUGAACUUCAUAGCUUAGUUCACUCAGUGUCUAAAUACCUGGCCGUAAAAGAGGAAGAAAUCAACAACUAUGAAUUAUUGCCUAAGCCAAUUAGAAGAAAACUCCCAGCACUGCCAACCGAUGCUGAGGUUAUGCAACCCGGAGACAGUAAUAGCAAUGCUGAAGUUGUGCAACCUGAAGACAGUAAUAGCAAUGCUGAAGUUGUGCAACCUAGAGACAGUACUAGCAAUGCUGAAGUUGUGCAACCUGAAGACAGUAAUAGCACUGCUGAAGUUGUGCAACCUGGAGACAGUACUAGUAAUGCUGAAGUUGUGCAACCUGGAGACAGUAAUAGCAAUGAAGUCAAACCUGAAGUUAAGGAGGACAGUGCUGUUGGGCAGGGCAUAGCUGGAGUAAAGAAUGCCAUGAGUUCGUUAUUUAGUACAAUCAGAGGAUCAAAGUCUACCACUGAUGUAGAAACCCCUGCCACAACUCCAUCCCCCCAACCACCACAGGCAGAUUCUGGUAUUUCAAAACUGCUCUCUUUGAUUCCUAAAGUUAGUACUGAAGCCACAGAGGCCUCUGGUGCCACCGCACCAGAUCCACCUACCUCCCAAACAUCACCCCAACCUGAGUCUGGCAUUUCAAAACUGCUUUCGUUUAUCCCCAAAAGUGGUGGUACUUCGCCCCCAGUAGCCAUAGUUCCUCCGGCCUCUCAGGAGCCCACAACAGAAAAAAAGUUUUCCCUGCAGUCUCUUUUGCAAUUUCCUCAUUCAUCCUCUGAACCGAGUCGCCAAGCUGACACUGAUCAGGCGUCAACACAUGUUGGCACAGAGGAACACGGCAGUGCAACCACUGCUAACCAACCCACAUCCGGGUUUGAAUCCAUGUUAGGAAGGUUUAGUCCUUUGAAACUUUUUUCCAGUGCACCGCCAUCUAGAGAACCAUCACCUCAGCCAUCAGAGCAAAGAAGUGCAUCUGCUGCAAGCAAUGAAUCCAGAUCCGCGAGUCCUAAUAGAGAGAGCUCACAAACAGAGCGACAGUUAUCAGAUGAGACAAGACCAGGUUCAGGAAGUGGAUCAGUUGAUCUUUUGCCGGAUACAGCAAGUGGAUCACUUGAGCUUGUGCAAGAAUCAAGAAGUGGAUCAGUAGAGCUUCUUCCAGAGACGGAGUCAUCAGGUGAGCUACCUGAUAUUCAGCAAAGACGAAGCCCUACAAUAUCUGAACCAAAACCUGAAAGCAGUUCAGAGGAAACAGGAUUCUUCAGUCCUUUUAAGAAAUCUCUCUCUACCCUCAUAUCAACAGUUCCUCCUGAAAAAAAUAUUUCCACAACAACCCCACCAAAAACAGAAGGAGGCAUGUUCUCGGGGAUUCUUAAGUUUGCAUCUAGCGAAGAUGUCAAUGCUCAGCCAAAAAGUCCAUCUCCUAGCCCUGCAAGAACUCCCUCUCCAAGUCAUGCUGCACUUCAAAGUGUACCAAAAGGAAACACAGAAACUGGCUGGUUUUCAAACCUGUUUAAAGCAGCCCCAAGUGAACCUGUUAAGGAGCCUGCAAAACCACAAAUUACUCCCACUGUGAUGCUAACCAAACCUAGUGGUCAAAUUGAGCCACAUACUGAACAAAUGGUCCCUGAAACCACAGAGAUUACUGUCUGUAGAACAGAACAAUUGUCUCAAGAGCAAACAUUGUCUGAAGAAGAUCCCCAGUGCAAAACAGAUGUCCAGCUUGAAGCAGACGUCACAUCUAAAGAUCAAGGUCCGCCCAGCACUGUGGAACAAGCCAGAUCACAACCACAAGCCUCACAGGCCCAAGGAAUUCUUUCUGGAUUGUUGAACCCAGGAUCAACAGAAGAUGUUUUGUCUGACAAGAAAGCCCAGGGAGGGGAUAGUCAGCCUCAACAAGGUGGGCUAUUUUCAGGCCUAUUUUCAUCACCGUCUCCGUCUUCUCCCCAAACACAACAUAAUUCUGCCAUACAACAGUCAGGAGGACUGUUGUCUGGAUUUUUAAAAUUUGCCUCUGAUAGUGUUUCUGCUCCUACCAAUCAGUCACUGUCAACAUUGUCAGGAAGCCAAUCUGGCCAAAUUCCAACGCAAACGCAAGGACAACCUGUUGCUGCACAGCCACCUACUGGAGGACUCUUAUCUGGGCUCUUGAAAAAAGCUACUGACACAGUGACUGGCUCUCAACCAACUCAGUCCAGUCAGGAGUCACAGCCAGAUGCAGCUGACCAUACAGCGAAAACAGAAGGACCUGAACAAAACUUGAGUCAAGGGACCACUCCUCCUAUUCAGUCAACAUGGAAUUUGUCGGGAUUGAUUAAACGAGGUUCAACAGAAGAAUCUUCCCCUGAGAAAGGUCAACCUGACCAGCAAUUGAGACAACCUGUAGUCUCAGAUCAACAACAAAACCAACAGCAACAGCCUGACCAAACAACAGAAAAACUACACCCAAAAGCAACAACAAUAAUGCCUCAACCUAGUGGAUUGUUUGGGGGGUUGUUGAAACUCACAGAAACUGCUUCCCAGCCACCAAAAGGACCUCUGGCUACACAAUCUACACAACCAAAUCAGCAAUCAGGUAACAUGUUGUCAGGACUUUUUAACAAGAUCGUGGAACCUAAUCCUACUCCAUCUCAGCUACAAUCAGAGUCUGGUGCUCAAGAGACUAACCAAAAACCAGUGCAGCAAGCACCUCCUCAACAAGGAGGCUUCUUGUCUGGUCUUUUCGGUAUUGGAGGCCAAGACUCUGCUCCUGCAAACCCAGGCCAGCCCUCACAAAACCAGCAACAGGGUGGCCCAUCCAGGCACCAACCUAAUCAGCAACCGGGCAAUAGACAAAACCUACAACAGCAAAACCAAGUCCCUCCACAACAGCCCCCGAGUAGUCCCGGAGGAAUGCUCACUGGAUUGUUCAACAAAAUUGCAGAUGCAGGCACCCCACAGUCUACAGCGGGGAGUCAACCAGAGCAGCAACAGGCAAAAAGAGCAGGCCCCAGAAUGACCCAGCAACCACCUAAUCAACAGGGAGGCUUCUUCUCUGGGCUAUUUUCAACGGGUCCUACUCCUCCAGCACAGCAGCAGCCACCUGUUAGUCAUCCCAACCAGCAGCAACCCCAACAAGGUAACAGACAACCUCUGCGGAGGCAAAACCAGAUACCUCCACAACCCGCUGCCUCUGCACCAGAGCCACAGCAGGGUGGACUAUUGUCGGGGCUUUUUAAUAAGUUAGCACCUACAGACAAUGCACCACAACAGCCCACCCCACAGACUGGGUCUCAACAGGGAAAUAAAUCAAACCUUGUUGGAACUGGUCAAUCUGCAGGUCAACAAUCGUCUCAAUCCAGUCAACAAGGAGGAUUCUUGUCAGGUCUGUUUGGUCAGACAUCACCUCAACAGCAGCAACAGCCUGGCAAAAUUGCAAGUCCUCAACAGACAGCGACCCAACAGCCUAGUCAAAGUGGAGGCUUGCUUUCAGGUAUUCUGAAGCUUGCUUCUGGAGAAAAUGUACCACAGGAACAACAGUCACCUCAACCUGCUCAGGCAGGUCAACCAUCGGUUAAAUCAGGGCAAAAUCCAGCUCAGUCUGAAUCAGGGGGGUUAUUCUCUGGCCUGAUGAACAAAAUUUCAGGUACUGUGGAGCAGUCAUCAUCACCUUCUGAUCAGGUGAACCUUCAAACAACACAGCAACAACAUCAGCCAUGUGCAGGACAGGGGCAACCACAGACUCAGAGAACCAAACCAGUAGAGAUGCCUUCAGCCCAACAUGUGGCCACAGAUAAGGAUUUAAAAGGUCCAGCUCAAAAAGGUUUCCUCUCAGGUCUUUUUAGUGCCACAGAGGAGCCAUCGUCAAAGACACAGCAGCCAUCAACCCCUCAGCUUGGGAAUGAGGAACCAAAAACUAGUACAAGUAGCGUGUCUCCUGGUUUGUUAUCCAGCAUUUUCAAAACAGGCCCCAGUGACAGUAGCACUUCUGCUCCUGGAAAGAAAACUGAAAAAGGCCUUCUUGAUCGUUUACUACCAAAGAGUAGGGAGGAUAUCUCUUCAAGUACAGCAACACUCACAACUGCUGUUGUUACAGAACCUCUGCAAUCUCAGGUUUGGCAAGAUCCGACAAUUUCCCCAACCCAAUCUUAUCUUGAUGAAAUUCAACGUCUCUUGUAUGGGACAGCACAUGAGUAUGGUUACAAGGAUCUUUUAUACAACUUUGCAGAGUAUGGUGUUAUUCCACCAGAGCUCUAUGAGCAUCAGUGUCUCAUAGAAGCUCUUCUGUGGCAGCAACUCAAUGAUUAUGCCCUUGCUGAAGCCCUUGCCACUCAAAGUCAGGAACGCUACCAAGCAUGCCAUGGUAAUAUACCAUCAACUGUUAGAGCACCUCAAUUGGAGAAUCACAUAUGGUUAAAUCCUAUAGAAAUGGAUAUUAGUGACUUCAAUGUACCCUCACAUCCUUGGAGGGAUGCUGACGCCCAGCUUUUUGAGAGCAGAAAUCGCUUUCUUGAGCCAGAAGAAGAUCUUGUUUUGUUUGAUAUGAGUUGCAUAGACAAGAAACCCUGGAGUAGCUGUGACCAUUUGAAUAAUCUUGAUAGCAAAAGAAAACCUUGGAUUGUUGAAAGUAGUGCUCUAAAUCUGUCCAUGGAAAAAACAAAGACACGGUUAAGUAGAUGCCAUUCGCUUGCAGAAUGCAGUGUACAGGAAUUCAGCAAAGUAGUGGAAAAAAGUGGUGCUAGUAGUGGUGUAAAAGAUGAAGAAUUUGGUUUGAAAUCAGCAACUGAGUUUUUAAAACGACUUGCCACAAAAAAGGGUCCAAUGGAUUUAACACAUGGCGCUAUGGAUUUAAGCAUGUCUGCAGGAACUACAGGGGAUGUGGAUGAUGAAAUGCUCUUUGAGGAUGCUGAGUGGUAUCAACAAUGGCUUUCACUAUUGGAGCAAGGGUUGUGGUGGCCAGCUGAGGUUGGGGACUGUGGAUAUUAUGUCUAUACAGAUGAGGAUUACAUUUAUUCCCUCUUAACAGACAGAGCUGGUAGACACCUCUAUGCCUGUGCUGCACCAGAGGAUGUACAAGCUCUAGGAAACAUCACUGAAAAUAUUGCUAACAUUCUGAAACAAAAUGAAAAGGACAAAGUGACCCUUUGUGGUUUCAAAAUUCCCCUCUGCACCGAAGAUAAAGGUUUCUGGAUUCCAGGCCAGCGAGAGAAUAAAUUAGUUCUUUCAGAUGCACCCAUGGACCUUACGUCCGCACUUGAAAAAGGUGAAAGAAUAAUGAACAUGAAUUUGGAAAGCUUCUCUCAAAUGUUUCAGGAAUCUAUAUCUUCUCAAGCAGAACAGCCUGUAGACUUUAGUGUGUACAAGCUUAAAAAGAUUAAGGUGGAAUCCGUACAAAAUGGCUAUAGCUGUCAAGAGGAGUCAAUGGAGGCAGCUGAUCUUACAUUAAAGUCACUGAAAGGGGGACAUGGAGGGCCAUACUGGAAGAAUCAGGGGAUAAAAGAUGUGCUUACAGUCUCACCUGCACCUGCUCCAAGAUGCUAUUCAACACAAAUCUCUCCAAACAGACGCAACCCAGUCCCUGAAAUCAGGAUUUCAAAUGCAGGUGAUACACCUGCAGACCAACCAAAACAAAAGUCAAACUCCAUAUCUUCAGCUAUCGGAGGAAUAACUGGAAUGUCUCCUAAAACCGAAGAAAGCAAAGCUGAUAUACUGCCAUCCUCAACACCUGCUAUAUCACCAUCAGUGUCUAGCAAGGUUAUAGAGACUUCAAAAAAUUCCAGAAAUCUUCCUGAGACCCCAUCAUCUUCAAAAAUACCAGUACAGUUAGGAAGGAAACUGCCUACACCACCAACUGCUACUAAAGCCUCUUCAUCUCUUUCAGAACAGGCAACUGCUGUUAGGAGUUUACCCACUACAUCUACUAGAACUGUAGUUCUGCCUCCUGUUUCUCCACAGAGACCCCAACUUGCAAGGCAGCCAUCUCAGGCAGACAAACCCAGAGUAUUAUCACAAGCAAUUAAGACUACAGUCACAGAAAUGAGUGACAGUAGCAAAGUCAGCAGUACCUCAGCAGUGGACCAAACAACCUCCCCGUCUCCAAAGCAGCCUCAAGAUUCAUCUCAGAAAGUUACACCUCAGUUACAUAUACUGAAUGAGAGCUCAAGUAAUGAUGCCCACCUUUACAAAAGAAAUCAUACCUUUGGCACUCCUAUUGACCCUCGAAGAAGCAAUAAAGUCCUAGAUUUUUCUGCCAUGAUUAAUAAAAACAAAAAUACCAAAGAAAAAGAUGGAACAGAUACCAACGUAGAAUCUAUACAAAAAGAUGAACUGGUUGACUUUACAAAGUACAAGAUGAAAAGAUUCAAAGAGAAGAAGCAGAUGGAUACUAACACAAGUGCGGACUUGACUGACAAGACCAUUGCUGUAAAUCUUACUAAACAGAUUGAGGAAGAAGAAGUUGAAUGGCCUGAUUCAGAAUAUCCCACAUAUCCCACAUUACAGCAAAGUCCAAGAGUUCCAAUUCAGGGAACAGUUUCUCAGACCAACUAUAGGCUAGUUGAUAAACAAAACAAAUCAGAGAGAAGAUUGUCCAGUCCACAAGUUAGAGUUGGUCAUACCUCUUCUACAAUACAUACCCAAAGACCACUAGCCUCCCACAGUACCUCUAUAACUGAGAAAAAGCAAACUGGUGUUACAGCCUCUGGCAAAGGUGCAAUGAACAUUUCAUCCAAAUCGUCUCAUACAUCUUCCGAUGACUUACCAAAGAGUUCUGACACUAACGUAAUGCUAUCGGCAACAAGAAGCUCUUCAAUUUCUCAUAUUUCCAGUAAAGCAUCUAGCCUGGAUGGAGGUCUCAAACAACCUGCAAAACCUGGAUCAAAGCAACCAGUAUGUACCACACCAUUGGUAAGCCCUGUGAUGAGGAAACAGGUGGACCCGCAGAGACAGCAACUGAAUUUUUCAAAAAUACAGCAAAGCCCACCAAUAGUUACAACUGGUUUUAGACAGCAGAUUCCUGUUGACAGUAAGAGAGCAAUUUUUACACCUCCUUCCUGUCUGUCGAGUGGAAAGUCUCAGCAACAUCAGGAGACCACUGCACCAGCAAACUCAAUUAAAGCUACAUUAGAUAUGUCUGCAAAGAAAACAACCCACCAAACUGUUGUACCAUCAAAGGAUCCUGUUUGUGGGGCACUGCCAUUGACAAAUAGAAAACCAUUAACUUCUGAAGAGGCAGAAACAAGUUCUGGUCAUCAUCUAUCUCAUCAUGAAUCCAUUGACUUGUCAUAUAGAGGGGAAUCAACAGAACCUCAGGUACAAACAACAGAGGAUAUUCAUUCACUACCUGUCGAGGAAUAUCAUUCUCAUACUAUUACAGGUAAUCAGGUAGCAUGCUCUGUUACGAAAAAGGAGAUUCCAUCUGGUAGUAGGAGGGCAUUCUUACCAAGACAGCAGUCUCUUUCAAGUCAGUCAUCUGAAUCCCUUGAAAAGUGUAAACCAACCCAGCAAGCCACAGCACCAGCCAAUACAGUCACGGCCACACUAGACAUGACUUCUAAAUCUUCUGCCAAAUUGAAGGAGGUGGUUCCGGAAGUAAGAAGAGAUGACACUCCUACUGAAGCUAUACCACUAACAAGAGGCAAGCCAAGUGCCCGUGAACUUGCACGAAAAGAUUCUGUUGGUGUACCACUAGUUGUAGAUAUCCCUUCUCAAGAAUCUCUUGGUGACAUUAAGAUCAGCUCCCCUGCAAAUGCACAGCAGGAGUUUGAGAAUAGGACUCAAUUCCACUCAGAUUCUAUUAUAUAUCAACAACAAUAUUGCCAGAGCAAACCUGGUGUCUUUGCACAGUCAAAUCACUCAACUUUACAGUUGUCAGACACUGUUCAAACACAUCAGACAUCCACUUCAACAAAACCUGUCACAGCUACAGCACUGGAUAUGUCACCCAAGCCAUCCCAAGCCAACUAUACAAUAAUGCCAGAAUAUGAGUCUACUCAAAGUGAAGCAGUUUCGCUUGUCAACAAGCCAAGUGCAAGAGUAGUUGCCAGAAAAGAUUCUGUUGGUAUCGCCCUGGUAGUUGAACCAACACCACUGGAAUCAGCAUGCCAGAAGCAACCUCAAACCUUGAUCUCUGUGCAAAAACAGCAAACCCUGGAUGGAAACAUUGCUCCUGUUCUGCAUCAACCACUUCCCAGCCGUAUGACAGUGCAGUGUCCCAGUGUCGAUGAAACCAGUGGUGUGUCACAGUCCAUUAUCCAACCUUAUCGGCAGAGCGAACCUGGCGUUUUUGCACAGCCAAAUCACUCACGUUUACAGUUCUCAGACCCUGUUCAUAUACAUCAGACAUCCACUUCAACACAACCUGCCGCAGCUACAGCACUGGAUAUGUCACCCAAGCCAUCCCAAGCCACAGUGAGAACAACAAUGCCAGAAUAUGAGUCUACUCAAAGUGAAGCAGUUUCGCUUGUCAACAAGCCAAGUGCAAGAGAAGUUGCCAGAAAAGAUUCUGUUGGUAUCGCCCUGGUAGUUGAACCAACACCACUGGACUCAACGUGCCAGAAGCAACCUCAAACAUUGAUCCCUGUACAAAAACGGCAAACCCUGGAUAGAAACAUUGUCCCUGUUCUGCAUGAACCACUUCCCAGCUGUAUGACAGUGCAAUGCUACAGUGUAAGUGUGACCAAUGAUGUGUCACAGUCUAUUAUCCAACCUUAUCCAUUCUCUACAGCUCCAGCAAACUCUGUGAACGACACAUUAGAUAUGUCAACAAAGACAUGUAUAUCGGACACAGUGCUGAACUAUUCAGAUCCAGUAUCACUGGUAAGGACAAGGCCAUCAAGAUUUGCAUAUUCUCAAAGAAAUUAUGUUGGUGUUCCACUAAUUGUGGAAACACACCCCUCCCAGGACCAACCUAGAAGGAAACAAACACAUGUAGGACCACAAGAACAGGUGCAACAAGGAUUUGUGCAUAGUGGAUCUCGAGAAAUAGAUCAAAGACCAUCAGCACCUGCCAACUCCAUCAAAAGCUUCCUAGAUAUGUCUCCCAAACCACAGCAACAGCAGAAACAAUCUGAAACUGCUCCAGAUGCCUUGUCAACUGAAGCUGUGUCAUUGGUCAGAAACACGGCAACUGUAACAAUGAAUGGUUCUGAUGGUGUACCACUCAUAGAGGAGCAAUGUGCACAUCAACAAGGAAUACAUGCCUUGAGUGGAGUCAACACAACUGAGACACUGCACAGGCAGAUAUCUACCUACCACAGUAAUGAGGUCUUUUCUGGCACAAGGACCACCUACAAGGACACACACCAACAAAAUAAGCCAGUGGACUUCUCUGCAAAAGAUAGCCUAAAUACAACUAACAUUACAUGUAGUUACACUGAACCAGAGGAUGGACAGCCCAUGAAUUUCACCAAUAACAAAGUAAAGACAGAAAUGUUUGAAAGAGGGCAGACUGGAAGGCAAUUGCAAACGAAAACAAUACGGGGUAUUGUUGACCUAACUUUGGAUCCCCAAAACAAAACUACAAUUAUCGGUCUUCAAGAUGUGAAGGAUCUAUCCUUUCCUCAUGUGUCUUCUCUCUGUCAGAGUAAUCUUUACAAUCAGCAGCAAUAUAUGCCUCCACCCACUUCUAAGGAAGUCAGAGAAGAUGCAGCAUUUUCUCAAACUCAGAAGUCACUACAAUCUAUGGAAUAUUCCACUGAUAAACAGGCCACCACCCCUUACCACUCACAUUACAGAAGGCAGUCAGAAAUGGGAUUGAACUCUGCCCCAAUGAAUACUUCAGUUUCCUCUUUGGUGCCUAUUCAAGGGAAGAUACAGCCUCUUCAGAAUUUAGCUCCCCAGGCUAUGCAGGACUAUGCAUCUGCUACAUUCUCACUAAACUGUGCAUAUCAACAGGUUGAAUACAAGAAGCCUGAUCAAUUGCCUCCAAACAUACCUCAGCUGCAAACACAACAUUCAGUCCCACAACAGCAAUACCAACAACCUGGUGUGGAAAUUGGUUGGACUUCAUCCAUUGCUGAAUCUCAACCAAAAGCUCCAAAGUUGCAAAGACAAGAUACAACUGUUCAGCAUGACAUGACCUUUAGGCCCAAGAUUCUUAUCAAGCAGCCAACUGUAGAAAGCUAUGAGAGCAUUGAGGAAUACCCAUCAAAUAGUGGAACAAUGACUAGUAAUGGAGAGGCAUUGCCUCCUUUUUCCACCCAGCAACUGUAUGGUAGCUCCCAACCUGCUCCUACCCCACAGUCUUUGCCUACUUCAGUUAUUCAGCAAGCACAUGAUAGACACAGAACUCAUCCUUCUCUACAGUCUUUUGACGUACAGCCAGUGCAGAGCAGUGCAACAACCGACUAUUAUACAAAAGAACCUCUUCAACUCUCAAAACAACCUGAUCCAAGCCAAUGCCCUAUCACUGUUCAGCAAUUUCAGACACAAACUGUAUCCACAAGUACUGUGGCUCCAAUUCAACAUGUAUCAGAGGUUAGUGCAGUUGCAACCCAACCCACCACAAAACAUGGCCCAAUGCCUGUAAAACAAGUAAAGAGUAGUUAUCUGAACCAGGGCUCUGGAGCUGAAAUGCAAGGACCAGAGGUACCUCCAACACCAGCAGAACAUACCUCUGUUAAGGGUUUGAUUUCAUUAUAUAGUGGUUCAAGUUCACAACCCUUUGUCAGUACAAAACCAGUUGCUGUUAUGCCCCACCACACUCAGACUGUGUCUAUACCUGUGGACCACAGAGUGCAAGUUACUCCAACACAGACUACUGCCCCAGAAACCCCUGUUGUUAAAAUACCGGAGUCACUUAAUUUAAGCCCACAGGUGCCUGUUGUGUCAAGUUCUCUUGCUUCCUCACCAUCUGAAUUAUCCAACAAUCAGACAGAGUUGGCUCAGGCGCCAUCACUAAUUAUUGAAUCACAAUACAAAGGACAAAGUUCAGUGUCAAGUGGUGUGAGCCCUCAAACAUCCCCAAUGAUAUCACCUAUGGUCUCUCCCUCCAACGAGUCACCAAUGCAUGGUUUCAAGUCUAUUUCUCAAGACUGUCAGCAACCACUGGAAACACUAAAUGCAAGCCCACCAAGAGAGACGCCGGGUUCAGUAGAACUUUCAGAAACAUUGUCAGAGGUUACAUCUAAAGCAAUUACCAAAGAGGUUAUAACAGAUAACAUGGCUUUAUCUGAAUCAGGCAUGUCACAGCAGCAACAUUCAGAAGAAACCAAACAAACUAUAUCCACAGAAUCUGUGAAUGUCAACACUGGAUUUGGUGAGGUCUCUACUGUAGCUAACAUACCACAGGAGAAAAUCUGCCAUCCAACGUCAAUCUACAUUGGCAUUAAUUCCUCAAAGGUACCUCCUGUUGAUACAGAAAUCGGACCAGAUGAGACGAAACCUUAUAUUAGACUACCACAUAUAUUUGUCUCAGCAGCAACACCAGAAGAAGAGAAAAUUGAACAUGAGUUCAAACCUGAACUGCCAGAAGUCAGUGCUUCUGAAGAUACCACCCUCAUUGCAGUAACACUACCAGACUGUAAGGAUUCUUUACCUGCUGAUAUUGUUGCACAGUCUGAUAUACCUGAGGAUGCAAGGGCUACAGAAAUCUGUAGCACAGAAGCAUUCAUUGAAUCAGAGCAGGCUAAGACCUAUUCACCAGAGCACAUCCUGACAAAGAAAAGCUCAACCAUAGACGCUACCCUCUCAGAAGCUGAAGUAAAAGCAGAGACAACUGAGGCUUAUGAGCCGCCACUUGAGCUGUCUUCUAAGGACAUAACAAUAACAGCUCCAGACAUAACACCACUUGAAGUAGUUAAACCUCUGGCAGCAGCACCAGAAGGUACUGAAACUCUUGAAGAGUUAGCCCACAGGGCUAAAAGCACAACUUCAGAUGUUGUAUUGCCUGAAGAAGUUCAGACACUUGAGAAGUUAUCACUGAAAGAAGUAUCUUCUGCCUCAGACGCAAAAUCUCCUGAAGGUGUUCAACAGCUUCAUGAAAAAACUGAGAGGGAUGUCUCCUUAUCUAGCCCUGAGUCCAGUCCUGUCAAACCUUGCACAGAGGAAAUCACAGCCUCCAAGGAGGAGAGUUUAGCUGUCAAAGUUGAUCAGCCUGAGGCAGAACAACCUAAUGAGCAACCAGGAAAAGGCUUAUUUUCUAUGUUUAGUGGCCCCACUGCAACCCCACAGCAGACAGCCUCCCAAACUGGAUUAUCAAUACUUGGUGGCAUUCUUCCUGGGUCAUCCACCAAAGACACUCCUGGUACAGGGUUACUCUCAAUGUUGGGUGGGUCAAAUUCCCCAUCUUCACCUGGAUCCAAAGACCCACCACCACUAUCAACCUCACAAGAGACCCAAGGAAAAGGCUUAUUCUCUAUGUUUGGUGGAUCUAGUAGUCAGCCACCAUCUGGCCCAAGAGGUCCAACUGUUGGAAGUGUGCGACCCAGAGGUCCUCCACCCAAAGAACCUCCGGGCAAAGGCCUAUUUUCCAUGUUUGGUUCAUCUGCACCUCAGCAGCCACCCAGUCCCAGAGGUCACCCUGUGGAAAGUGCCACACCAAGAAGACCUUCCACUGGAUCUUCUAUAUUUGGUGGCAUCCUCCCAGGUUCUACUACAAAUAAAGAAACUCCUGGUGCAGGUUUGUUUUCCAAGUUUGGAGGUCUUAGUGCCCAGUCCCAAACUGGACCUAGAAUACCCCCACCAGGACCAACAGUUACACAACCAGGAUCCAGAGGUUCAGAGCCCCCAGGAAAAGGACUUUUCUCCAUGUUUGGUGGACAAAACCAGCAAGAAUCAGAAGCACAUCCUGUAGCUUCUAACCCACCUGAAUCAGAGGGUGGUUUCAAAGUUUCCUCUGUGUUUUCACUUGGCGGGAGUUCUGAUGGUAACAAAUCUAAAACUGGGUUUGGCCUAUUUGGAAUGUCUUUUAUGGAGGAAACCAAGACAGAGCCAGAAACAAUUGUCUCGGAACAAGUGAAACCCAUGGACACAAAAGAUUUUUCAAAACAAGCAAACGAUCACCUUGUUGAGGCCAUCGAAAAUGUACCUUCUGAGCCUCCUUCUACAUCAUUAGUUAAGGUGGAACUCCAAGUAGAGCAGGCAUGCCAAGAUGGUCAAGAGUCAACCUUGGACACCAAUAAUGAUACCACUGAAAAUUCUGUUCCCCUAACAGAUCCACAUCUGGAGAUGGACAAAAUAGCCACAAUGCAACAACACCUUUCUUAUGAUGAAAAUGCCUCUGUUGUGGUUGAAGCUUCUAUCACAGACACACCAAAUGUGACUGGUAAUCUACUAGAGAAAGAGGGAUCUCAAGUUGUAAAAUUAGUAAGUGAAGAACAGUCAGACAUCCAAAAUGAAUAUAAAGAAAUAAAAGAUACAGCAGAUAUUAAGAAAGAAGUUGCUGAAUCAGAAACAGAUACUUUUGAAAUUAAGAGCACAGGUGAUGAAACUGCCAUUUCUGCCAUCAAAAGCCCAUUUGAAAAAACUGAUGAUAUGCAAAUGAAAAGUGUUAUGGAUUACACGGACAAAAACACAAGUUCAGAUAUGGUUGGCGUGGGACAUGGGGAAGCUGUUGUUGAGGGGGAGAUAACAAUUCCAGAGGUAGAAAAACAAACUGAGGAGCCACUGAAAGUUGCUGGUGAAGAGCAAACAGCAGUUGCAGAUGUGGAAAAAUCAACUGAGGAGCCUUUCAAAAAAGAUGAAGAACAAACAGCAGUUGCAGAUGUGGAAAAAUCAACUGAGGAGCCUUUGAAAAUAGAUGAAGAACAAACAGCAGUUGCAGAUGUGGAAAAAUCAACUAAGGAGCCUUUGAAAAUAAAUGAAGAACAAACAGCAGUUGCAGAUGUGGAAAAAUCAACUGAGGAGCCUUUGAAAAUAGUUGAUGAAGAUCGAACAGCAGUUGCAGAUGUGGGAAAAUCAACUGAGGAGCCUUUGAAAAUAGUUGAUGAAGAACGAACAGCAGUUGCAGAUGUGGAACAAUUAACUAAGGAACCUUUGGAAGUUAUUGGUGAUGAACAAGCUUAUAUUGCAGAUGUGGAAAAAUCUACUGAAGAGGCAACUGUAGCUGAUUCAGUAAUAGCAGUUACAGAGAAACCUACUGCAGAAUCUGUGAUGAGUGCAGUUACAACAGAGACUGCAGUUUCAGAAUCAGAAAAGUCUAUUGAAGAGGACUUGAAAUCCACAUCUGACGAGACCGCAAAGGAACCAAUUGAGGCUAAACUAGAGCUUGCAGAAGCUACUAAAGAACCUGCACAUGGAUUAGAGAAACCUGUUGAAAGCAAUAAUUCUGUUGCGGUGGUCUCAUCAUCAGAAGAGGAAAAAACUGUUGGUACCAACUCACCAGAAAUCAUGACAUCUCAAGCUGUGGGGCCUUUGAAAGAUCUGUCAUUGGUACCUGCUAGUCCUCUACCACAGCAACAGCCCAGGCCAGGCAUGGCAAGGCCGCCUGGUCCACCAGGACAAAGAAUGGGUGCACCAAGGAUGGGAGGACCACGGAUGGGGGGCCCAAGAAUGGCAGGACCAAGAAUGGCUGGACCAAGAAUGGCUGGACCAAGACAGCCAGGACCACAGAAGCCCCCUGAACCAGCUCCAUUUUCUGGCUUUAUGUCUAUGUUUUCUACCCCAAAUGCCCCAAGUAAAUCAUCAGCUGUUGGUGGAUUUUUUUCAAGCUCACCUGGUUCACUUUUUGGAUCAUCACCUGCUCCUCGUCAGCCACAACAACAACAGCAACAACAACAACAACAACAACAACAACAGAAAAGCUCAUUUUUUGGACUUCCAAGCAGCAUGGCUACAGAAUCCCUUACCAGUGACCUAUUUGGUAUAUUCAAAGGUCCUGAAACAACAAAAUCAGAGGAACCUCCACAGUCUGGCACAGAGUCUGAGAGCACUGAAAAGACAGAUACAGAGAAGACACCUUUAUCUGGAGAUGGACAUGUUAAAAGCCCUGAGGACUCUGAGGCCCCUGAAAAAGGAUUAAUGGAGGAGGCAGAACGAACAGACAAAACAGAAGCUGAAGUAAGUUCUCUGACUGAGUCCACCAUGAAAGCUGCUUUCCCUGAAAAAGAAGCAGGGGAUGAUGAGCAUGCUGAGCAUGUAGUGGGGACAGGUUCUGCAGUGUCUGACAAAGCUGCACCACCCCCGGCUCCUGAAUCAAAGGGCAUGUUUGAAAUACCUGGUCUGACUGCUCCUAAAUUUGGAUCCCUUUUCUCCACCACUCCAUCUCCAGCCACUGGUACAACACCACAGCCACAACAGACAGAUGGUGGUCUCUUUUCUGGUUUUAAAGGCCUUUCAGCUGGUAUUUUCCACGAUGAAAAGCCAACUGGAAAGGAAGAACCAUCAUCUAUGUUUGGCAUGAAACUUGGCUCAAUGUUUGGGAACUCUGACCCUCCAAAACCCGAAUCCACCCCUCAGGUGGUCACAGCCCAACCUCAGUCUGAAAGUCCAAAACCUACGGAUGAAUUUUGUGAGCCAGAGUCUGAGAAACUUUCACCAGGUUCUGAAGAAACUGGAAGUGCAGAUGCCAGUGAUACAGAAGGACCAACAGACACUUCAAAAACAGGAAGCUGUGACACCUUAGCACAGUCGCCACAGUCUGGCCUCCCUUCUCACUCAGUUUCUUUAGCAGAAGAUAUGGAUAAACCCCAGUUAAAGAUCACGCCAUGGGAGGUAGAUAAGAGUGAAACACCUGACACCAUGCAUGCAGAUAUGGGCACAGGGCAACCAAAGGACCUGUUGACAAAGGAAGCCGUGAAAAGUCCACCGGACAGCAGUCGCUUUGAUUCAUCAGGCAACCUCAGCCCGGCCAGCUCCCAGCUCAGCUCUGAGCCUGAGGAGCGGCGAGAUCCAGAGACCCGCCACCCCAGCGCCCUGCGUCCUCCUCUCAGUAGCCAGCAGUCUACCUGGGAUGAGGAAGAAGAAGAAGAAGAAGAGGAAGAGGUUGAGAAAGAGCUGCAUCCACUACCAGAGCCUGGUUCCAACAAAGCUUUGAAGGAGUCUUCGGUCUUGGACAACCGUGAUAACAAGACGCAGACUAAAAUCAGUUUCUUUGGGGAUGGCCCUCCACCGUGCUCUCCAUCCAAAGUUCGCUGGUUGAAGGCAUACAACAAAGUGAGAGUACAGCUCCUUGAGAGCCGAGAUCAAGAUGGUGACCCCAGCAAGCACCCGUGGGCCAAGCCAGGGGGAAACACACCGUUUGGCAUUGACAGCAUGCCGGACCUCCGCAAGAGGAGGCCCAUUCCCCUUGUUAGUGAACUGGCUAUGUCUAUGAUACAGUCCAGGAAAGCUGGACUCGCCCACACACUGGCCACGCGGACCUCCCUGAAAGACGAAGAGCUUAAAAACCACGUGUACAAGAAGACCCUGCAGUCUCUGAUCUACCCCAUCUCCUGCACCACGCCACACAAUUUUGAGGUCUGGACGGCCACUACGCCCACCUACUGCUACGAGUGCGAGGGUCUGCUGUGGGGCAUCGCCCGGCAGGGUAUGCGCUGUGCGGAGUGCGGUGUCAAAGUGCACGAGAAAUGCCAAGAGCUGCUGAACGCCGACUGCCUGCAGAGGGCGGCCGAGAAGAGCUCCAAGACCGGGGCGGAGGACCGGACGCAGCACAUCAUCAUGGCUAUGAAGGACAGGAUGAAGAUCCGCGAGAGGAACAAGCCGGAGAUCUUUGAAGAGAUCCGGAAAGUGUUCACCAUCACCAAGGUGAUCCACGUCCAGCACAUGAAGAGCAUCAAACAGAGCGUCCUGGACGGCACCUCCAAGUGGUCGGCCAAGAUCACCAUCAACAUCGUCAGUGCGCAGGGUCUCCAGGCCAAGGACAGAACGGGCUCCAGUGACCCGUACGUCACCAUCCAAGUUGGGAAGACCAAGAAGAGAACAAAAACCAUCUACGGCAACCUGAACCCCGUCUGGGAGGAAAAGUUCAGCUUCGAGUGCCACAACUCAUCGGAUCGCAUCAAGCUGCGCGUUUGGGACGAAGACGACGACAUCAAGUCGCGAGUGAAGCAGCGUCUGAAGAGGGAGUCUGACGACUUCCUGGGUCAGAGCAUCAUCGAGGUCCGGACUCUGAGCGGAGAGAUGGACGUCUGGUACAACCUGGAAAAGAGAACAGACAAGUCGGCGGUGUCUGGUGCCAUCCGUCUUCAGAUCAGUGUGGAAAUCGAGGGAGAGGAGAAGGUGGCACCCUACCACGUACAGUACACGUGCCUUCAUGAGAACAUGUUUCACUUCUCCACGGACAUAGAGGGAGGCGGCGUGGUGAAGAUCCCGGCGGCUCAGGGAGACGAUGCUUGGAAGGUUUACUACGAUGAGGUGCAGCAGGACAUCGUGGACGAGUUCGCCAUGCGCUACGGCAUCGAGUCCAUAUACCAGGCCAUGACCCAUUUCUCUUGCCUGUCCUCUAAGUACAUGCUGUCAGGGGUGCCGGCAGUGAUGAGCACCCUGCUGGCCAACAUCAAUGCCUUCUACGCCCACCCCACCGCCUCCACCAACGUCUCUGCUCCGGCCAGAUUUGCAGCCUCCAACUUCGGGAGAGAUCGUUUUGUGAAGCUCCUGGAUCAGCUGCACAACUCCCUGCGUAUCGACCUCUCCAUGUACAGAAACAACUUCCCAGCCAGCAGCAAGCCUCGCCUCCAUGACCUCAAGUCAACAGUGGAUCUUCUCACCAGCAUCACCUUCUUCAGGAUGAAGGUCUUGGAGCUGCAGAGUCCUCCCAGGGCCGCCAACGUGGUGCGGGACUGCGUCAAGGCCUGUCUGAACUCCACCUACGAGUACAUCUUCAACAACUGUAUGGAGCUCUUCAACCGCCAGUUCCAGCCCGCUGUCCAACCGCCUCAGCCGGAGAAGAAAAAGAAGAAGAAGAAGAAGGAAAAGGUGGAGGGAGAGGAGGGGGAGGAAGACGGUGAAGAGGAAGAUGAGGAGGAGGAGGAGGAGGAAGAGGAGGAGGAGAAGAAAGAGGAGAUCCAGCAGGAGGAGCAGGGACCGAGCAUCCAGAAUCUGGAGUUCUGGCCUAAACUCAUCACGCUCAUCGUCUCCAUCAUUGAGGAGGACAAGAACUCCUACACACCCAUCAUUAACCAGUUUCCUCAGGAGCUCGAUGUGGGUAAAGUCAGCACGGAGGUCAUGUGGAGGCUGUUUGCUCAGGACAUGAAAUAUGCCCUGGAGGUUUUAUUUAAAGUCGACCACUACCGCUGGAACAACGCUCCCACCACAUUUCGUGUCCGUAGAGUUGAUUUCUCCACUGAACACGAGAAGCAUAGACUGUGUAAGACUGCUGACUACAUGAACCUGCACUUCAAGGUCAAGUGGCUUUACAACGAGUAUGUUAAAGACCUGCCCGCCUUCACAGACACUGUGCCUGAGUACCCUGCGUGGUUCCUCCAGUUUGUUCUGGCCUGGCUGGCUGAGAACGAGGAGGUGUCGAUGGAGUUCAUGCACGGGGCGCUGGAGAGAGACAAGAGAGAAGGGUUCCAGCAGACGUCUGAGCACGCUCUGUUCUCCAGCUCGGUGGUCGACAUCUUCACUCAGCUCAACCAGAGCUUUGAGAUCAUCAAGAAGCUGGACUGCCCCGACCCCGCGGUGGUGGGCCACUAUAACCGACGCUUCGCCAAGACGAUCACCAAAGUGCUGCUGCAGUACUGUGCCCUGCUGGCCAAGAGCUACCCCUCCUACUGUGAGAAGGAGAAGAUACCCUGUGUGCUGAUGAACAACAUCCAGCAGAUGAGGGUCCUGUUGGAGAAGAUGUUCGAGUCGAUGGGAGCAAAACAGUUAACCGCUGAGGAGGAGAUGCUUGAGAACGAGGAGGAACCCGAGGAGGGAGAUGAGGAGGCUGUCACUGACAAUGAAGGAGAGGAUGACAUGUCUGGCUGCUCAGACUCAGAGGGAUCUGAGGUUGACAACAAAGAGAAGGAGAACAAGCUCGAUAAGGAAAAGUCUGAGUCCAAGAAGGAAAAGGCUGAGAAGAAAGACAAAGAGAAGCAGGAGGAGACUAAGAGCAAACAGUCAAAGGAGGAAGUUAACAAGACUGAAGCCACAGCUGCUACAAAGAAGCUGGAUAUCGAGGCAGCUGACAUCCUCAAUGAGCUGCAGGUGAAGCUCAACACCUACCUGGACAACUUCAGCAUCGUGUUUGCCAAGAGUUUCCAGACUCGUAUUAACGGCUGCAUGCGUCAGAUGGCUGAGAUCCUCUACCAGAUCAAAGGCCCCCCCAACCACAACACUGCAGAGGCCGAUGCCGACAACAUGCUGAGGCCCCUCAUGGAGUUCCUGGAUGGGAAUCUCAGUAUCUUCGCUGACAUCUGUGAGAAGACGGUGCUGAAGAGGAUCCUGAAGGAUCUAUGGAAGAUCGUGCUGAGCAGCCUGGAGAAGACCAUCGUCCUGCCUCAGAGCAACGACAGCCUGGGUGCCCAGCUCCUCACAGCAGCAAAAGGACUGUCCAGUCUCAAGGGAGGCAGUGAAGCCAAAACCUUGACGCCCAAACAGUGUAUAAUCAUCGAUGCGGGGCUGGAGACCAUCAAGCAAUACUUCCAUGCAGGAGGAAACGGGCUGAAGAAAGCGUUUGUGGAGAAAAGUCCUGAACUGGCUUCACUGCGUUACGCCCUCUCCCUCUACUCCCAGAGCACCGACGCUCUCAUCAAGACCUUCGUCACCACACAACACUCACAAGUGCAUGAUGGGAUGGGCAUCAGAAUCACUGGCAAUGAGAAGAUUCGACCUGAACGGGGUCCGGGGAUAGAGAAGCCCAUCGGAGAGGCCAUUCUGCAGAUCGACAUGAUGCUCGGGAAGGAACGCAAAGUCAGCGUCAGAGUCAUCGCAGUGAACGACAUGAAGUGGCAGACAUCCGGGAUGUUCCGGCCUUUCGUUGACGUCUCCAUGGUCGGUCCCUUCCUGGCCGACAAGAAGCGCAAGUUCACUACAAAAUCCAAGAACAACAGCUGGUCGGCGAAGUUCAACGAGGCUUUCCAGUUUGUCCUGGGUAAAGAGUCCCCAGACUGCUAUGAGCUCCAGGUGACGACGAAGGAUUACUGCUUCGGCCGGGCGGACCGGGUGGUCGGCAUGGCCGUGAUUCAGCUGCGUGACGUCGCUGACCGCAAGAGCUGCGUGUGCUGGUGUCCGCUCGGGCCGCGCAUUCAGACCGACGAGACGGGCGUGACGGUGAUGCGUAUCCUGUCCCAGCGCCCUGCUGACGAGGUGGCCAAGGAGUUCGUCAAGCUGAAAUCUGAAACUCGUCCUGUGGAAGAGGGCAGAUGAGCAGAGACACUGACUCGAGAUCAGAGACUUGUUGGAAAAUGAUGAAACUGACACGGAUCACGGUCAGGGUUUAGAGUCAGGGCUGCGUUUGUCUGUUGUUUAUGAGCACUGUCAACCUCAGUAAACACAGACCAUUAAAGCCUCUGACGUGGAGGAGAGACACAAGCAAGUUGACUAUUUGUCAUAGUUAUGGUGACGAAGAAAUAUAUUUAAUUCAGUGGGUACAUUUUGGAAGGAGAAGCUUCCUCAAAAUGCUGAAAAAGAACAUUAUCAGCACCAAAAUCCUAACUAUCAAGCCCAUAUAUGGGUUUAAAUCACCGAUGCAGAAGUCAGAAAUAGUUUCAGUUCAUCGGAGAGAAACUCUUCUGAUGACGGACUAUUUUAGAGCUGCAGCUUUUUACCAAACAUCCGUUCACUGGAUCGAAUGGACUCGUGUCUACCUGACAGAAUGAAAAGAUGUGAACGUUUUAAAACCGAAUGGACCUGAGCAGUAAAAUCUGACUGCUGUUAAGUGACGGUUGAAUGAUCAUAAAUAACUAUGCGUGAGAUGAGAGUGAGUUGGAGGAAGUAAUCCCAGAUUAUGGUACUGUUUGAGCCUUUGAGGCCUUUUGACUGCAAACAGAAAUCUUGUGACAUCUGUUGACUCUGGUAUCACACUGUUUCCCUAACAGAAUGACAUUGGAUACAAGUCAUUAACCAGCUAAUCAGUGUCAGAAAAACACAUUAAAAUUAACAAAUGUCAUACAUAGCAUGAGCCCAAGAUUUUAAAGAAACAUUUAAGCAGGUAACCAAUGGAUCAAAAGAACCAAAAUAAAACAGCUUAUGGUCCUUUUUUUAAAAGGAUGGUGUGCUACUUGUUUUUCAUUUAACAUGAUAU